GGCAACGCGAUCGAUACGGACUUGCGGAAAAAGUACGGCAAGCUGGGCAAAAUCCUCGGCCGAGGCGCUGGCGGCACGGUCCGCAUUCUAUCUAGGUCGUCGGAUCAGAAGGUCUUUGCGAUCAAGCAGUUCCGCAAACGUCGACCCAACGAGUCGGAGCGUUCCUAUGUCAAGAAGGUGACCUCGGAGUACUGUUUAGGAUCGACAUUCCAUCAUCCCAACAUCAUCGAGACGAUGGAUAUUGUGAAGGAGUCGGGUAACUACUAUGAGGUCAUGGAAUUUGCAAAGUAUGAGUUGUUUUCGGCGGUCAUGUCCGGCCUUAUGGGUCGCGAGGAGAUAGCCUGUUGCUUCAAGGGUAUAGUCGAUGGGGUCGCGUACCUACACAGCCUUGGAGUUGCACACAGGGAUCUGAAGCUAGAUAACUGUGUGAUGAACGAACGCGGUAUUGUCAAGAUUAUCGAUUUUGGGUGCUCCAUGGUUUAUCAACUACCGUUCGAGAAGAAGAUCCAGAUGGCUCGAGGCAUCUCUGGAUCGGACCCAUAUAUCGCUCCGGAGCUGUUUACGGCAGACCAGUAUGAUCCUCGGCUAGCGGAUGUGUGGUCACUAGGGAUCAUCUUUUUGUGUAUGACACUGCGCCGCUUCCCAUGGAGGAUCCCGAAGAUAGAGGACCAAUCGUUCCAAGCAUUCGCAAGGCCUGACGGCACAGGCAAGUUGCGACUUCUGAAGCUAAUGCCUCGGGAGAGCCGAGCGAUCAUGUCUCGGAUCCUGGAGACUGAUCCCAGCAAACGCGUGUUGAUCACAGAGGUUCUUGAGGAUCCCUGGAUCAAAGACGUGGACCAUUGUACGACGGAUUAUAUGAGUCCAUAUCACCCACACCACUUG